AUGGAGAUGGAAUCCGCCGUCCACCGUCGAAUCGAGCUCCAAUCGCCCGAAGACUUCACCUACCUAAUCGACAACGUGCGCCGCGCCGCAGCCGAUAGCAUCAACGCCGCGUUUCCACCUGUCGACCCAGGCGAUGGAAAUGGAGAGGAUGAGGAGGAGGAGGAAGAUGAGUUAAGAGUGCGGAUAGAAGGGCUUGUUAAUGAUUACAUAACAAAAACCUUCACCUACGUAGCCCCCAACAUCUCCAUAAACGGUCUCCCCGUAAACGACCCCUCCGAAUUCCUCACUUCAUCCCCAUUUUCCUCUCCUUCCGCGACAACAACCAACAAACCCGCCCCCAAGAAAUCCUCGAAAUCAAAGGUCCAGAAAAAGACCAAGUCCAAAAAAUCCUCCAAAAAACCACAAGAAGAAUACGAACCCUUCGACCCCCGCAAACGCUCCCGCCUCGAACAACUCGCCCGCGAAGAAGAGGACCUCCUCCGCUCCAUCGCUUCACUCAAACGGCGCGUUCCCUCCUCGGCCGCUUCUGCUUUCGCUGAUUCUUUUUCCCGACAAACGGAACAGGACCGACAAGCGCUGGAGAAGGCAAAACAAAAAGUGGUGGAGGAGGGGGUGAGCGCGGGGAGAAAGGCUUUGGAGGGGUUGUUACCUUUUGCUGGUGCUGGAGAUGGGAAUACGGAAGGAGGGAGUGGUGAGAAUAACAACAGUAAAAUGGAGAGGCAGGAAGGGAUAGAGGAUGGGUUUGGAAAAGCUGUGGAAGCGCUCAGGAGAUUGAAGAGUCAGAUGCCGGCUACGGUGGCGAGGAUGGAGAGGGCGAGGGUUGCGGGGGGGUAUGUUGUUGCUGGUGUUGGGGGGAGUGGUGUUGUUGCUGCCGCUGGGGAGGGGAGAUAG